GAUCGGCAAAGCUAGCGUUGUAGGAUUCUGUAACCCUCAAUACUUACUUAAGUCCGAUAUCGUUCCUUGGGAAUGUUAAACUCCUAGCCGAAUCUCUGCUUCAGAUUGUGAGAUUGCAUUCUGUUCUUUUCUGAUAUUUGCAACAUCAUGGAUACGGCCAUUGAUCUUUCCGAUGCCUCCAAGGCGUUGGACCUUGCUAAUAUUCGCUUCCAGCUGAUCCGACUUGAAGAUACCAUCACUUUUCACCUUAUCGAACGGGUCCAAUUCCCCCUCAACAAGCCCGUCUACACCCCCGGUGGUGUCUCGAUCCCCGGCGAUGAUAUCAGUCUCCUGGACUACCUACUUCGCGAACAGGAGCGCAUCCAGUCGCGCGUUCGCCGCUACCAGUCGCCUGACGAGUACCCUUUCUUCCCCGAUGUUCUGGAAGAACCCAUCCUGGCGCCCCUGGAAUACCCCAAGAUUCUGCACGACAAUGACGUGAACGUCAACAGCAUCAUCAAGCAGCGCUACAUCGAGAACAUCCUCCCAGCCGUCUGCGCUCAUUUCGGCCGAGAAGACCGCGGCGAAACCCAGGAGAACUACGGCUCCUCCGCUACCUGCGACGUCAGCUGUCUCCAGGCUCUGUCGCGUCGCAUUCAUUUCGGCAAAUUCGUCGCCGAAUCUAAGUUCCAGAAGGAGCCGGAGCGCUUCGUUAAGAUGAUCAAGGCUAACGACCGCGCGGGUAUCGAUGCUGCUAUCACCGAUGCGAAGGUUGAGCAGAAGGUUCUCGAGCGCUUGGCGCUGAAGGCUAAGACAUAUGGUACGGACCCCGCGUUUCCCGCGGAGAACGGACCCAAGAUCAAUGUCGAUGCGGUGGUCGCGAUGUACAAGGAGUAUGUCAUCCCCCUUACCAAGGUCGUCGAGGUCGACUACUUGAUGCAACGCUUGAAGGGUACACAAUGGGAGUGAAAAGGAACGAGUGAAGAUUCAUCACUCAUAUCUGCACAAUUCCCUUAGACGUUAUUAUGAUACCAUCGAGUUAUGCAAGAAAGAACAAAGACAGAUUCACC